GUAAAAUUGAAAUACAUGGGCAUGUGACACACUUCUCCAUUACACACUUCCUCUGUCAGUGAAAUGCAGCUGUUGCGUGAGAGUCAACCUCAGUUGGACAAGUAAGAGGAAAGUUUGUUAAAAAGAUAAAAUGUGUCAUAUGUGUCUGCUGGAAAUGAUCAUUCUCUGUCCACUUCUAACAGGUAUGACUGUAGCUGAAGUAAAUCAUGUGUUCUGCAGUUCUGGUGAAAAUGUCCAUCUGCCCUGUAAUAAUACUCUUUCUAACUGCACAUCAACUACAUGGAUCUAUACCAGACAUUCAGAGACAGUUGAACUGAUUGGUUUAGGGAUAAAGAAGAAUGACAUAGAGAGACGUGAGAGACUGAGUCUGGGGUCUGACUGCUCUCUGAACAUCAAGACAAUCACACAAGAAGAUUAUGGGCUUUACACCUGCCAACAAUAUGUGAAUGAACAAAAACAAGGAACUGAUGCACCUGUUUAUCUGCAUUUUCUUCAUGUCUCUUCAUCAUCCUCACAGACUGAGAUCAGACCAGGCAGCUCUGUGACUCUCUACUGUCAGUUGUAUUAUUAUGGAGUGGAUUGUGAUUAUUUAGUCCAUUCUGAGGGAAUUCAGCUGGUCUGGGUGAAUCAGGCUGGUGUUAAUCUGACGACAGACUCCAGAUAUCAGAUAUCAUUCUCCUCAACACACUGUGUCAGCACUCUGACUACAACACUCCUGAAUGAAGAUCUCAACAGAGAGUGGAGAUGUCUGGUUAUUCAGAGAAAUCAACCAAAGACCUCAACCACUUUUACUGUCAAGUAUUCAGCUCCAACUGAGACAAAGACAUCGAAUCCAGUCAUCAGCUCAAAGACAACCACAACUGUAAAUAAACCAGUAACUUCUACACAAUCAGCAUCAGCUACAUCUUCAGCAUUGAUCCUAGCUACCACAUCAAACUCUGAGAAGAAAACAGGACCUACAGCACCAGCACGUCCAAAAAAACUAGUGAUUGUAAUUGUUGGUGUUGUUGCUGCAUUGGCUGUUCUACUUCCUGUUGUUAUUUUUUGGGUGAUUUGUAAAAAAAGAAGAGAUAACAGAAGAGGGACUAAUGAAUUUCUGGUCACAGAUAUGAAAAAAAUAUAAUGGAACCCAUGAUACAAUCAACAUUUCCAUUCAUCCUACAGCCAGCACUAAUGAGCAGAAAGAUGAUGUGACUUAUACUGAGGUUUUCAUAUACAGUAAAAUCCAAGCCAAAAAGAACAAGGUUCAUGGUGAAGAUACAGUGACUUACGCUUCCAUCAGUGGAGCAACAGCUGGACCUCAGGAUAACAAUAGUCAACUUUAUGCCUCUGUGAACAAGAACUGUGACAAAUCAAUCAGUCAUUAAUCAUACAAAGACCUCAUAAUAUCAUGAGGAGAGAAAUGCCUAACUUUGUUAACCUGUUGACUUGUUAAAUACAGUCUUUAAAUGCAUGUUAACAAACAAACUCAAGUGUUGAACACAUGUUUUUUUUAGGACGUUGAGUAACAGUUUUAAAUUAUAAAUCAUUCCAAAUCUUCUAUUUCUCUUAUUUUUGCAACUCUUCAUUCUCCAGUAGUGUUUUUAACAGUCAUUCUGAAUUACGUACUGGACAACAUCCUCAUUUGUGAAUAAAGUAGAGAUGAUCGGAAGUGUUUUACUCAACAGAGAUGUAGAGGAAGAGCUUUGCUGUCAAAUUCUGCACUGUCAGCCAAUCAUCUUUCUGGUGAUUAUGUACUAUGUAGGGUACAACUAAAGUCACACCCUAAGAAAAAAGGACCUUUCCCUUCUCCCAUAGUUUUUGAUUGCACUUUUUUUUAAAAAUGUUUUUAGUGAAGUGAACUGAUGAAGCAACAGAUUUUAUGUGAGAAUAAAUCAUAAGUGUUUGUUU